GCCCAAUGCCGGUACUUGGGGAAGAAGCGACGCGCGCCGCUGGGAAGUGGGUGAGGAGCGCGGUCCGGGCCAGCAGCGGUGGAGAGAGGAGUGGCUGGGAUCUCUCGGCGGGGUCCUAAGCACCGUUUGGGAGAGCCAGCGGUGAAGGCGGGAGUGGAACCCUACUGCGGAUGCCCAGCAUGGACGAUUACACGGUUCUGAGCGUGAUCGGCCAAGGCUCUUUUGGCCGGGCCCUUCUGGUUCGGCAGGAAAGCAGCAAUCAGAAGUUUGCCAUGAAGGAAGUAAGACUUCCCAAGUCUUUCUCUGAUAUACAGAAGUCUAGGAAAGAGGCUGUUCUGCUAGCUAAAAUGAAACAUCCCAAUAUUGUUGCCUUUCAAGAGUCAUUUGAAGCUGAAGGGCAUCUGUAUAUUGUGAUGGAGUAUUGUGACGGAGGGGACCUAAUGCAGAAAAUUAAACAGCAAAAAGGAAAGUUUCUUCCUGAAGAUACGAUACUUAACUGGUUCGUACAAAUUUGUCUUGGAGUAAAUCACAUUCACAAGAAACGUGUGUUACACCGAGAUAUCAAGUCCAGAAAUGUCUUCCUCACCCAAAGUGGAAAAGUGAAACUGGGAGAUUUUGGCUCUGCCCGUCUUCUCUCCAGUCCCAUGGCUUUCGCGUGCACAUACGUGGGAACGCCUUAUUAUGUGCCUCCAGAAAUUUGGGAAAACCUGCCCUAUAACAAUAAAAGUGACAUCUGGUCCUUGGGAUGCAUUCUGUACGAACUCUGUGCUCUGAAGCAUCCAUUUCAGGCAAAUAGUUGGAAAAACCUCAUCCUGAGAAUAUGUCAGGGGCCCAUCCCCCCACUGCCAGCUCUGUAUUCCGAUAAGCUUCACUGUCUCGUCAGGCAGAUGUUGAAAAGGAGCCCUUCCCAGCGCCCCUCUGCCACCACCCUGCUUUGCAGAGGCAGUUUAGUGCCCCUCGUCCCGAAGUGCUUACCCCGGGAGAUCAUCACAGAAUAUGGAGAGCAGAUACUGGAUGAAACCAAAAUAUCUGAGCCCAAGAAAUUUAAAAAAGGAGCGGACCCCAGCAGAAUCGGGAGAGCUCCUGGAGAGGAAGCGCAUGCGGUGCAGGAGGAAGGACAUGACAGAAAGUGUCGUCACGCUGAAAGCACUUGUCCAAACUCAGCUGGAAGUGCGCUGAGGAGAGCCGCCCAAGGAAAUACAGCAUCAGGUAGCCCGUCAGCGCAGCAGAAGAACGCCACUCCAGGAAGCCCUCACAGGCAGCAGUGGGAGAGCCAUGUUCCCUGCCCAUCUCUAGCAGCUUUGGGAAAGGCACCCAUCCUUACCUCCAGUUUCACGGCCAAGGAUGACAGAGGUGGUUCUGUAAUAAAGUACAAUGAAAAUCGUGCCCGUCAGCAGUGGCUCAAAGAGCCCCCCGAGACCUUGCUGUCAAUGCUGAAGGAUGCUGAUCUCAGCCUGGCAUUUGAAACGUACACAAUAUAUAGACCAGGUACAGAAGGAUUCUUGAAAGGCCCCCUUUCUGGAGAAACAGCAUCAGACAGUGUCGAUGGUGACCAUGACUCAGUCAUUUUGGAUCCGGAGAGAUUUGAACCUCGGCUGGAUGAGGAAGACACGGACUUUGAGGAAGACGAUGAAAACCCUGACUGGGUGUCAGAAUUAAAGAAGCACGUGGGGUGGAAGGACACGUCAGACGGAAACUCCGCGGAGCAUGUGCCUGAGCCAUGUGGGGGAGACACUGAUGCCUGGAAACGGGGUGACGACUGAGAAAAUGUACCACAAGCUUAAAUAACAACCCAGAACCCUUGUGAGCCAUUUUAACACAAGGGAGGUCUCGAGAUGCUGUGUCCUUGCAUUCCGGUAGAGCAGAGGUGGAAUGCUAGCCUGCUGGCUAACUCUGUGUGCGAUAAUAGGAAGUCACUUCGCUUCUGUGCUCCCUCAUUUUCUCAACUAUCCAGGGAGAAUAACAAUGCCUACCUCAUAAGAACGCUGACCAAGACUGUUAUAGCAACCCAUGUGUUUGUAUCCACGGUUACUGUGUGACACUCUGACGUUUCCUAAAGUGAUCUAAAUAUAUUAAAUUGUGACA